AUUUGUGAAAAUGAGCAUCGAUUCCUGAUCUUUGUCUGGCGAAUGAUGUCUAGUGUGGGUUGUGCCGAGGAAACCAAGUUUAUUUAUUACAUCGAUGAAGAAGAAACACCAUAUCUUGUGAAACUUAGUAUUCCUCCAGAUGUGGUAACUCUCGGUGACUUCAAAAACGCGCUGAACCGUCCACAUUUCAAGUUCUUUUUCAAAUCCCUGGAUGAUGAUUUCGGAGUGGUCAAGGAAGAGAUAUUCGAUGACAAUGCAGUCCUGCCUUGCUUCAAUGGUCGUGUGGUUUCUUGGCUGGUUACCACGGACAGUAGCACAAUAUCCGAUUCUGGGACAACUGAACCGAAAGACGAGGCAUUCCACCGCAAUAAAAUCACGAUUGGCGGGCCGGAUUCUACGGGCCAUGGACUACGGGAUGACGCCCACAGUACGACGAAACCAGCCCAACACAACCAUACAACGGCAGCCCCAGCGGAUUCCACCUCGGCCAGUCUGAGCACAUGUGGGAAUGCACUUCAAAGCGCUGAUCCGGAUAACGAGUCGGUUCACAGUGCUGGUCAAGAUCGAAUUGCUCCACUCAGAAGUUUUCACAACUACAAAUCAGGUGGUAGACUGCACUUAUCUCGUGGAACUGCCCCAUGUGGCCAUCACAACGGACACUACGGAUCGACAGGUGGUGGAAGCGGGGGUCGGCAUCGACACCAUCGGAUUUACGGAACUUGUGGUCCACCGACGGGCAAUGGAACUUAUGAAACUCCCCAGUCAAUGCUCAGCUCUGACGUGGAAUCAACCAGCUUUUUCGACUCUGAAGACGAGUCCAGUCGAUUUUCCUCAGUGACGGGAACCACACUGUCCUCUCGUCGUUACGGCCGAGUCCGUCAGCGUCGCAAACGUCGACGGCCACCCCCCAUCAGCCGCGCUUCCUCUUUCAGCAGCAUCACUGACUCGACCAUGUCUUUAAACAUCGUGGCCGUCACACUCAACAUGGACACCGUUAAUUUCUUGGGCAUCAGUAUUGUCGGCCAGUCGAACAAAGCCGGUGAUGGAGGCAUUUAUGUGGGUUCGAUAAUGAAGGGAGGUGCUGUCGCUCAAGAUGGCCGCAUUGAACCCGGUGAUAUGAUACUGGAAGUGAACGGAAUCAGUUUUGAGGAGAUGAGCAAUGAUGAUGCGGUUCGGACGUUACGCGAGCAGGUGCAACGCCCCGGCCCAAUCACACUGGUUGUGGCCAAGUGCUGGGAUCCAAAUCCAUGCCCUGGCUACUUCACCGUUCCUCGACAGGAACCUGUGCGUCCGAUCGAUCCACGUGCCUGGGUGUUACACACCAACGCGAUGACAGCAGCGGAGCAACAACAUCAACAGCGCCGCGGUGAAAACGAUCCACAACUACUGUUGAAUGGCGCCUCUUCUGGUGGAGAAUCCAGUUCGACCUUGAGUCCGUCCGGUGCCGAUGGUCUCACACCAGGUAUGAGCAUGGGGACGCUGACGUCCGGGCAAACUUCAAUGCCAAUGGGUACAAGCGCUGCCGCGUACAACAUGGCCAUUUUGUUGGCUUCACAGCAGCAGCAGCAACAGCAGUCAAAAAACGAACACUUGCUACAGCAACCACCCCAUCCGCAGUUGCAACUUCAGCAUAAUCCAAUGUAUCCCCUACCGAGUUCGAUGAUUCCUCCAGGAUAUCCGCAACAGGUUACUCCAAGCGUGGUCACCGCUUCUAGUUCUUUGCCUGAGAUUGAACGCUACUCCGAACCCAUUCCACUGACCGUAAACACUGAUCCAGCCACGGUGAUUGGAGCGUUGAUUCAACCUGAUUCUGGCCUUGACAUCCGUGAUCGCAUCUGGUUAAAGUUGACUGUGCCUAAUGCAUUUAUCGGUUCUGAUCUGGUCGACUGGCUUUACCGUCAUCUGGAUGGUUUUACGGAUCGACGCAGUGCCCGCAAGUACGCAUCCAGUUUACUCAAAUCUGGCUACAUCCGACACACUGUCAACAAAACUAAAUUCUCCGAACAAUGCUACUACGUUUUCCCCACCAUUGCAGGACACAUGUCCUGCCUUAGUUUGGAGGAGGUGGAUAGUGUGAGCGAAGUAGGUGCAUUACCGGCGCCGACAUGGGGUCAGAACACGACGAGCACAAAUCUGACCGUCGGUCCGAGCACCAACACCAGUAAUACUCCAAUGCCAGAUCACUCCGUCGGAUUGACGAUGCCCAAUUCCGACUUCCUUCCGACUUCAACUGCGAUACCACACCUGCCUCCAGGCGUCGCUAAUGGUGGCGCCUUGGGGAUGGUCGAAUGUGGUGGUAGCAGUCAGUACAGCAGCGUACCUUCCGCCCAUUAUCACCAGCCACUGACCGCCCCUAUCCGUCAGUUGAUUGCUGACGGUCAGGAUGCCGCUGCUGCGGCCGCUAUACCCAAGUCGACGACUCAUCGGUGUUUACGGCCAAGCAACAGUCAGGCGAACGGCAACAAGAACCCCGGAAAUAUGAGGAACAGCUACUCUGAUUCCUCCUCAAGCAGCGAUAGUGAGCUGAACCACUUCAGCCGUGGUAAACCAUCACACGAGAUCCCCGUUUCAAAAAACAUUGAUCCAAUCAAUUUCCUACAUACCUCCCAAGCGGUAGAUUCCACCACACCUCUGGUACGCCACAUUCCUCACUCCCAAGUCCCAUCAAACCUAACUCGUCCUCUGACCUCCUAUGCCACACCGACUUGUUCACUAGCCCAGUCACUCUCCACUGCCAAAGACGUGGCUGCUUCGUCUACGGCUUCGAGCUCCACUUCUGAAGGGAAUCGCUCCAAGGCCGUAACUCACACAACACAACAGCCUGAUAGCACCAACUGGAAUCGAAUGCAGCCGGAGAUGGUAGGUCAAGACAGUUCGAAAAGCAGCAGUAGCAGUAGCUGUUGUGUCGCAGUUCCGCCCCGCAAUACGAGUUUGUUCGACCGACGCGGUGUUAUUCCCGGCGCUACCCAAUCUCAGGCGCCGUCAGUCGGUAACAUGAAUCAGCGUGUGGCCAAUCACCAGCCCCCUCCGCCUCCGCCUAGGAUCUCAACAGCCGCCUAUGAAAGUCCAAAGCCUACUUCAGUUGCUUCGCCACUCAUUUGGUUCGUGAAUUUUCGUGCCACUUGCUUUCGACCUGCACCCGUUUGUCUCAAUUUCGCAAUCGCAGUCGCCUGAGAGGGU